AUGGAGCGGCUGGCGUUGCCCGCCGGCGGCGCGGAGGCCGUGGAAGAGUACUUGGAGUACCGACGAAUUGUUGGCGAGGAUGAUGGAGGGAAACUUCUUACUCCUGAAGAAUAUGAAGAAUACAAACGAAAAGUUUUACCUACGCGCUUACAGAACCGAUUAUAUGUGAGCUGGCGCUCACCGACUGGAAUGGAUUGUAAACUUGUGGGCCCAGAGACUCUGUGUUUUUGUACACAUAGGUACAAACAACAUCAAACUGACUUUGCAACGAUGCCACAGCAGAGGCCCAUCAGUCUGCCCUGCCGAGUGACUGGCUGCCAGUGCAGGGCAUACCUGUACGUCCCCUUGAACGGCACGCAGCCCAUUCGCUGCAGGUGCAAGCACUUCGCUGAUCAGCACCAUGCUGCAGCCGGCUUUACGUGCACGGCGUGUUCCAAGUGUUCAGGAUUUCAUAGCUGCUUCACCUGUGCUUGUGGCCAGCCUGCAUAUACCCAUGAGACAGUAGUGGAAACAAAGCAAGAGAGACUGGCGCAGGGAAAACCAGUAGGACGAGAUGUUCCGUAUGCGGCCAUGGGAGGAUUAACUGGCUUCAGCUCACUGGCUGACGGCUACAUGCGAUUAGAUGACAGCGGGAUUGGCACACCUCCAAUUGAAUUUUUAGAAUCUCCAGUUACAGUCCGGGACCACCCAUUUGUAAAAGCAUUUCAGGCUUCAUCAAGUUCUCCACAAACAAAGUCAACAGAUGAAGGCACAAGUAGUCAAGUUUCUUCCGUAAGGAGAUCUGAAGAGGAUGAUACGGCUUUCUUUGAAAGACGAUACCAAGAAAGGAUGAAAAUGGAAAAGGCUGCUAAACAGAAGGGAAAAGCACCAUUGCCAUCAACUUCAAAACCUUCAUGAAGAUUAUGGAGAAAUUGAAACUUAACCAGAUAUAAUUUUUCAUGUUUAUUUAAGUAGAACAGUUAAUUUUUCUCUUAAGUAAAUUACUUCUUUUUUUGUCUCAAAGUCUCCUUUGGAUACUUCCUUAAUUUAUAUAACUUUUGAUUUAUUAAUUUGUAUAUACUUUUUAUCUCUCAAAAAUGAGGUUAUUUUUAUAUGAGCCAAAACAUGAAAGGAUGUAAAUAUUUUUAAUUUAAUAUAAUUUAACUUUUUAUGGCAGCUUCAGAAAUUAAAGAUGUUAGUGAGGGUUCUGAAGAAAUAUA